UUGGUACUUGCCCGAUCACCCCUCUGACCCCCGACGCCUUUGCUUCAAGACCGCUAGGGUUUCUUCGCCACGUCUCGCUUUCGUCGGAUUUGGAUUCGAUCGAGUUCCUCCCCGAUGCCCGCUAGAUCGGGCGGCAGGAAGUUCUCCUUCGACCUCCUCGCCGGCGACAGCUCCGGCGACGAGCGCAGCAUCCUCCCGCGCCUGGAUUCCGACCCGAUCCUCUCCAACGGUGGCGAUGGCGUUCGCUCGCCCCGGCGGAGGCGGAAGCACAAGGCCUCUAAGAAGAAUAAGAACAAGAUGGCGGUGGGCGGGCCGGCGUCGAAGGAUCUAAGCGUUCUAACGGAAUUGGGCGACGUGAAGCCGUCCGUGGUCGAGAACGGCCGGUGCCAGGAUGGGAUCGGGAUCAGGGUAUUGGAGAAUAGAUCGGUGGUAGAGACGAUUUGUGAGAACACGGUGGUGGAGGCGGCGUGCGAGAAUUCGCAGGUCAGCCGUGUCUCUUUUGCGGAAUUGAGGCAGAGGAAUGUAAAUGGGAGCGCGGCUGAGGAGCCAGAGGAGGAUGCGACGAGCACCCGAGAGAGAUUGGCAGGGCAAUGGAAGCCGGAAGCCAAUGGGGCCGUCUCCAAGUUGGCAAAGGAGUCGUCCCUGGACUGGAAUCGGGUGAUGGAAAAUGAUCCAAAUUUUAUAGGAGAAGUCUCAUUCGUGGGCAGAUCACCAUUUAAGUACUUCAUGGGAGAGAUUUACGGUGGCAGUUCCCUUAGAGGCACAAUAUCUGCUGGGAAUGAGAAGAAAAGGCAGAGGGUCUACAAUACUAUGUUCCAUGUGCCAUGGAGAUGCGAAAGGCUUAUUAUUGCAGGCUUCUUUGUCUGUUUGGACUCAUUUUUGUCUUUGCUGACAAUAAUGCCUGCAAGAAUUGCUAUGGCAGUUUGGAGGGUGCUAUACACUAGGAAGUUUUGGAGACUGAGUGCUGCUGAAUUGUCAGAUUUUGGCUGUUUUCUUGUGUUGGCUUUAGGUGUUGCUUCUCUACAGUUAGCAGAUAUUAGCCUAAUAUAUCACUUCAUACGAGGACAAGGAACCAUUAAAUUGUAUGUGGUGUACAAUGUAUUGGAGAUAUUUGACAAACUUUGUCAGUCAUUUGGUGAAGAUGUUUUGCAAGUUCUCUUCGACUCUGCAGAGGGACUUUCAACAUGCCCCCCAGAUAAUAUGAAAUUUGAACUGAUUAGAUUUAUUCUUGAUGAAGCCAUUGCAGUCAUUGCUUUUGUUGUCCAUUCUUUUAUAUUGUUAGCUCAGGCUAUCACGUUAUCGACUUGCAUUAUUGCUCACAAUAAUGCUGUGCAUGCUCUACUGGUGUCAAAUAAUUUUGCUGAGAUUAAAAGCAAUGUAUUCAAGCGUGUUAGCAAAGAAAACCUUCACAAUUUGGUAUACUAUGAUAUAAUAGAGAGAUUCCACAUCACAGCUUUUGUGCUGUUUGUGCUAGCUCAGAAUAUCUUGGAGGCCGAGGGACCCUGGUUUGAGAGUUUUAUUAGUAAUGCCCUUCUGGUUUACAUGUGUGAGGUGCUUGUUGAUGCAAUCAAGCAUUCGUUCCUGGCAAAGUUCAAUGAAAUAAAGCCCAUUGCAUACUCAGAGUUUUUGGAAGACCUUUGUGAGCAGACUCUGAAUGAGAAGCCCGAUGAAGGACGCAAAGAUCUUACUUUCAUACCUCUCGCGCCAGCCUGCGUGGUCAUCAGAGUACUGACGCCGGUUUAUGCUCACCUUCUUCCUUCUGGACCGCUCCCCUGGAGGUUAGUAUGGAUCCUCUUCUUGUCAAGCCUGACCUAUAUCAUGCUUGCAAUUUGGAAGAUUCUAGUUGGAUUGAGCCUGCGUCGUCUUGCCACUUGGUACAUCAAGCUUCGCCGUGACAGAAAACAGCACAUGGACUAACUUCUUCUUUGCUCGAUUCAUGCUACGAGGGAUCAUCGAGUUGUCUAUAGUCCGCGGCUGAUGAGCGUGCAAUUAAAAGGUGCAACUCUCAUCGUUCUCGACGAGUGCAGAUACACUAGUCAGAGCAGCUUCUUUCCCUUUUAUUGAGCUUUUACUAGAGCAGUCCUUACAUGUUUCCUCCACUGCAACUUUAACCAAUUUUGCUUGUAUAUGCUUCUGAUCCUUUUCUACCACAUCUGGUCCUCUGAUGGACUCAAGAAACUAUUGCCUCCGUAAUAUUUUACGGAUGGGAGUAUCAUAACACCUCUUUCUGAAUUUAAAGGAUGCUGCAACUAUUUAGGGUGUCA